AGUUUUCUUCAGAUUGCGAAGCGCCGCACUUGGCCUCACGCGUAGCAGCAGUAAACAAUUCGCUUAAUCCUUUAACUUAAUAAAUUAGUUGUGAUUAACAUAAACGGAUAUAGUUGCGAACAUAUUAAAAUGUCAUUACCCAAAAAAUUAUCCUUUGAUGCCAACUGCGAGGGAGAUGGGGUAAAGUACACGGCGAAAAAUGGCGACGACAACUACGAGCUGGCACAUACGCUCGAAAUGGACAUGCAAGGCAGAUACAGUGCACCCAAGGAGGCGCAUUGGCUGCUGCGUCGCAUCUACAUACUCACAUGGAUACGCAGCUACGAUCGGCCGCAGGCCUUUGCCGAUCUCAUUGCGGGCAUCACUUUGGGCCUGACCAUCAUACCACAGAGCAUUGCGUAUGCGGCGCUGGCGGGUCUCUCCUCGGAGUACGGACUGUACUCGGCAUUUAUUGGCUCCAUCAUAUAUGUGUUCUUUGGCACAAUUCCACAGGUCUCGAUCGGACCCACCAGCCUGAUGGCUAUAAUGACGCUGCAGUUUUGUGCCGACAAGCCCGUCCAGAUGGUCAUCGUGCUGGCCUUCCUCGCCGGCCUCGUGGAGCUGCUCAUGGGCAUCUUUCAGUUGGGCUUCAUAGUCAGCUUUAUACCAGCGCCCGUGACGAAAGCCUUUACGACCGGCACAGCCUUUAUUGUGGUGCUGGCACAGCUGAAGAGUCUGCUGGGCAUUCGUCUGAAGAAGGUGUCCACACUUGGUGACUACUUUGGCAAUAUUCGUGGCACGGACGCCAGCCUGGGCAUUGCUUGCCUUUGCCUGCUGCUCUCACUGCGGCUGCUCUCGCAAGUCAAGUUUAAGCAGGAGACGCCUUUUAACCAACGCCUGAAGAAGGUGCUCUGGUACAUCAGCAUAUCGCGCAAUGCCUUGGUGGUCUUCUUCAGCGGCCUGUUGGUCUACCUGUGGGUGCACCGCAGCUCGCUGGAGGCGGUGCCAUUUGCGCUCUCCUCGAAGGUAUCCUCGGCCAUGCCCAGCUUCAAGCUGCCGCCCUUCGCUUUUGAGUACCAGAAUCGCACAUAUGUUUUCACCGAUAUUCUGCACGAGCUGGGCAGCGGAGUCAUACUGGUGCCCAUUGUGGCCGUGCUGGCCAAUGUGGCCAUUGCCAAGGCCUUCGUCAAGGAUGGCAGGCUGGAUGCCUCGCAGGAGAUGUUGACGCUGGGCCUGUGCAAUUUGGCCGGCUCCUUCUUCAGUGCCAUGCCCACUUGUGGCGCCUUCACGCGUUCCGCGGUCAGUCAGGCAUCGGGCGUGCGCACGCCCAUGGCUGGCAUUUAUACGGGCCUGAUUGUGCUCUCCGCGCUGUCGAUAUUAACGCCCUACUUUCAGUACAUACCCCGAGCAUCCUUGGCAGCUGUUCUCAUUGCGGCAGUUGUGUUUAUGAUCGACCUGACACCCAUCAAGGAGCUGUGGCCGGCCAACAAAAAGGACUUUUUCAGCUGGACGGGCAGUCUGAUUAUUUGUCUGAUCGCUGGUGUCGAGAUGGGCCUGCUCUUCGGCAUUGUGGUCAGCAUGAUUUGCAUACUGCUGCGUCUGGGCAAUCCCAAAAUCGAGGUCUACCUCAAGCAGCUCGAGUCCAACUACUAUGUGCAUGUGGUGCCCCAGUCGGACAUCUUCUACACGGGCGUGGACACGCUGCGCUCGGAGAUGCGUUCCGCUUGCCUGCUUUACCGCAAUGAUUUCCCGAUUGUCCUACACUGCGGACGCUUCAUGCAGUUCGAUGCCACCUUUGUCGAAAUGCUAAUGGCCGUGGCCAAGGAGCUGGCCAGGGACAAUGUGCUGCUCGUGCUGCAGCACAUGAGCCUCAAGCAGCAACAGAUGCUGCCCGUCACCGGCAACAUACGCUUUUGCGACGACGAUCAGCAGCUAUUCCCACUGGAGUCCAAGCACUAGUCCACCCGCCCCCCACCCCCCUCACUCACCCCCCCUUCCCCUUCAGUAUAUUAGAACGCAAUAUUAUCCAUUUCCGCUUGGCGGGAACAGGCCGCGGCUGGCAGCUGGCGGCUGUGCCAUGUUGACCCACGUCACAACGUGCUGUGGCACUUAAUUGCUGUGCCGUCAGCGGCGUCUGUCCACCUGUCCACCUGUCCACCUGUCGCCAGUCGUGGGCUCGCGUGCGCUCGUAGAUCACAACUUUGCGCUUAUAUGACGGCCAUAUAGCAGCUUAGAUGCUUAGAUACGCAUAGUAUAUUAAGUCAACAUCUGGUGUUUAUCACAGCAGCCACUCUGUAAAUAUCUACAGCUUAAUUGUACUUUAUUACUUGAUUGUAUUCCGUUUAAAUACGCUCUAUGCUAAAGUGGUCGUAGUUCCUUUGUGUACGAUAAACAAUAAAGAUAGUCACAUAACUUAUAGAGUUUAA